AUGUUCGGUUUUGUAGAUUCCAUGGCCCUCAAAUCCGCCGUGGAGCUCCGCAUUCACAUUAUACACCGCCACGGCGGACCUAUCUCCCUCUCCCAGAUCACCGCCUCCCUCUCCGACGCUCCUUCUCCCGACCCUGCCUCCCUCGCCCGCAUCAUGAGACUUCUCGUCCGCCGCAGCAUCUUCACCGCCCACCACCCCUCCGACGGCGGAGAUACCCUCUACGGCCUCACCCACUCUUCUCGCUGGCUUCUUGGUGACUCAGACUUGAACCGCCCCGCGCUUCUCAUGCAGAACCAUCCCACCCUUAUGGCUCCCUGGCACUGUCUGAGCCGCUGCGUGCGAGAGGGUGGCACGGCGUUCAAGAAGGCUCAUGGCCUAGAGAUCUGGGAGUUAGCAUCGGAGAGCCCAGAGUUCAACAAGCUAUUCAACGACGGGAUGGCGUGUACGGCGAGGAUGGUGAUGAGGGCGCUCACAUCGGCGUACGAGGAAGGGUUCCAGAGCAUUGGAUCGUUGGUGGAUGUGGGAGGGAACACCGGAGGGACGGCUUCGGAGAUAGUGAAAGUUUAUCCCCACAUAAAGUGCGUCAACUUUGAUCUGCCCCAUGUGAUCGCCACCGCGCCUGAAUACGAUGGGAUCACCCACGUCGGAGGAGACAUGUUCCACUCUAUCCCUCCUGCUGAUGCUGUUUUCAUGAAGUGGAUACUGCACGAUUGGAGCGACGAAGAUUGCAUAAAGAUACUGAAGAAUUGCAGGGAGGCGAUAGCAGAAGAGGGAGGGAGGGUGAUAAUUGCAGAGUUUGUGCUGAAGCCGGACGGGAGCGAAGUGUUCGACGACACAGGGUUGGUCACCGAUCUGCUGAUGAUUGCUCAUUCCGCCGGCGGAAGAGAGAGGACUCAGUCGCAGUGGAAGACUCUGUUACACCAAGCUGGCUUCCCUCGUAUUCGAAUCAUCAACACACCCUCUUUCUUAUCCAUCAUUGAGGCUCACCCACUCUGAAACCAUUCAUCAACCUCCACUCUUCUAUUUUGCUUGCACCUAUCUUUGCUAAUUCAUGUGUCAAAUUUUAAGUAUGAAUAAUAAAAUUUGCACCUAUCCAGCAUGGCUACA